AUGACUCGGAAAAAUUCACCACUUGUUGACAAGAGACCACAGCCAGUUUCUACAAAAUGUGAACAAAACAUGGCUGCUGCCCAAAUCUCAGGCUUCGAUGGUUUCCCUGAUAUACUUAAAGACUUUCUUUACUAUCGUCACUGUCGCCAUUUUCCCAUGAUUCUGGACCUUCCUGACAAAUGCGGAGGUAUCGAAGAACCUGAAGACAUCUUCCUUCUGCUUGUAAUUAAAAGCUCCCCCAUGCAUUAUGAACGGCGUGAAGUGCUGCGAAAAACCUGGGCUCAAGAGAGGUCAUACAAAGGUUUGCGGAUUCGAAGGAUUUUCAUCCUUGGAACAAUGGGUACUGACUUUGAGAAAGAGCGAUUGAACAAACUCCUCAAAGCAGAGCACCAGGAACACAAUGACAUCCUCCAAUGGGACUUUCAAGAUACAUUUUUUAACCUCACUUUAAAGCAGGUUCUAUUCCUCAAAUGGAUGAAGAGGAACUGUCAGCAGGUUAAUUUUUUGCUAAAUGGUGAUGAUGACGUUUUUGCCAACACGGACAAUAUUGUGGACUACCUCCAUGGUCGCCGUAACAAUAACGGAAGCCAGCAUCUCUUUACUGGUUUUCUGAUAAAAAAUGGAUUUCCUGUAAGAUGGGACAGGAGCAAGUAUUUUGUUCCAUCUCAAGUAUAUGAAAAAAAUGUUUACCCCAACUAUUGUGGUGGUGGGGGGUUUUUUUUGUCCAGGUUUACAGCUUUAAUGAUUUAUAGCUAUUCCGAUACCAUUCCACUUUUUCCUAUUGAUGAUGUUUACAUGGGAAUGUGCCUAGAAAAAGCAAAACUGGCACCAGCAUCUCAUAUUGGUGUAAAGACAUUAGGAUGGUACAUUCCCUCCAAAAAAAUAGACCAAUACGAUCCUUGCUUUUUUAAAGAUUACCUCUUGGUACACCAAUUCUUUCCAAAUAAUAUGUACCUUAUGUGGCAUCAAAUAAAUGACCCUAAUUUGAAAUGUGGUAUCACAAAUUCGUCUAGGACGAUCCAAACUUAA